AUGCCAUUUGUGGCACUUCCCUCUCCUGAUGCACUCACUGUGCUCGUGAAGCUUACAUCUGACCCAAACAAUAUUGCAUACAUCAUUUCCAGUCAGGACCAGGCAUUCCUUGAGGAACAUCUAGGGCACUUCCUGUGCCUUGGGAUGAGCAUGGAGCAUGGUAGAUUCAUCCAUUCACCUGACAGCACUGUGUGGAUGAAUUUCACUGCAAGUUUGGACAUGGGAUGGAGGGAGGAAGUGGCGGAGAUUUUCAGGCAGUGCCAGGAUUUGUUAGAGAAUAAUGUGGUGUCCAAGAGCCCAAUCAAGAUGCUCAUGAGUAAGAAGAAUCUGGAAGUGAGGCCUAUUGCUGUGAACAAGGGUGAGAUCGUCAAGCAUAUAUUAUAUCAGAACCCUGGAGUUGAGUUCAUCUUCUGUGCUGGUGACAACAAGACCAAUGAAGACAUGUUCUGCGCCCUGCUCCUCUUCUCACCUUCCUCAAUUGGUAAAGUCACAAUGGAGCCCCCACUGUUGGUGAUGCUCAUUGACGACACUGCCAAGGAGUACAGUGAUGUAGAGCUCAUGGUGUCUCCAGAAGCUGUUUUUAUGACUGCUGUUGGACAUAGUAGCAAAUGA